AUGCACUUCUCCUGCAGAACCUACGAGUACUGCAGAACGUACAAGUGCAGCCUCAGCAACGGUAAGCAGCUCAUUGCCUCUCGCGAGGCGAACGACGGGCUAGCCUCGGACUUCGUCGGCGACAUCGAGGAUGCCGAGUACGAUGCCCAAGAGAUGCUGGACUUGACAAUUAUUGAGAUGCUUGCGUGGUACUAUAGAGUCUACCAACUACGCACUGAGCUGAUCGGUGACGAGGAGAAGCCAGUAUCCCCGCCCAGUCCUCCUGAAUGGUCGCUCACGCUCGAGGACUUCCCUGCGCAUGCGUAG